GGAGGCUGGGCGCCCGCCGGACCGCGCCGCUCGGGAGCCGGGCGAAAGGCAGCCCGGAGCCGCGCCGCCGCGGCUGCAUGGCGCUGUGAGAGCCGCCGCGGCCGGCGGAGGGAAGGCGCACCGACGGCUGCGGGGCGGCCGGCGAGGCGGCGGUCCCUGCCCGAGGGAACGGCCGAAGGCUGCAACUUGUGCACGGGGAUCUGCGCUUGGCCGCCGGUGUCGGAUACCCAAGUUUGGGGGCGUGCUUGCUUUUUUUUUUUUUCUUUUUUUUUUUUUUUCCGCUCCGUUCCGUUUUGCUUCCUCGCCCCCCCCCCCUCCCCCGAGCCCCACACGCGAGCGCCGCCGCCGAACCGAGAUCUGAUCCGCCAGGCUGCCCGCUCCGGCUCCGGACCGCUCCGAUGGAAAUACACUGACAUGGAGGUGUGAAUCAGCUGGGGGGUGUUUUUGUGAACGGCCGCCCCCUCCCAGAUGUCGUUCGCCAAAGGAUCGUGGAGCUUGCCCACCAAGGGGUCAGGCCGUGCGACAUCUCCAGGCAGCUCCGCGUCAGCCACGGCUGCGUCAGCAAAAUACUUGGCAGGUAUUAUGAAACCGGUAGUAUUAAGCCUGGAGUGAUUGGAGGAUCAAAACCAAAGGUCGCCACACCCAAAGUCGUCGAAAAAAUUGCAGAGUACAAACGCCAAAAUCCUACCAUGUUUGCCUGGGAGAUCAGGGAUAGACUUCUUGCUGAGAGAGUAUGUGAUAAUGACACCGUGCCCAGCGUCAGUUCAAUUAACAGGAUCAUACGAACAAAGGUGCAGCAGCCACCCAAUCAGCAAGUCCCAGCCUCCAGUCACAGCAUAGCCUCCACAGGGUCUGUCACCCAGGUGUCCUCUGUGAGUACAGACUCCGCCGGCUCGUCCUACUCCAUCAGCGGGAUUCUGGGGAUUGCCUCCCCCGGCACCGAGAGCAACAAGCGCAAACGAGAUGAAGCAGGCAGCCUUCUGGGACACAGCAAUACUCUUGGUGCUUUUAAGUGUGGCACAUCCUGUGGGUGGAAUGUGGCUGAGCCUUUAUUUUCUCCAGGUAUUCAGGAAUCUCCAGUACCAAAUGGCCAUUCUCUCCCGGGUAGAGACUUUCUUCGGAAACAGAUGCGAGGAGACCUUUUCACCCAGCAGCAGUUAGAAGUGUUGGAUCGAGUCUUCGAGAGGCAACAUUAUUCUGACAUUUUCACAACAACUGAGCCCAUCAAACCAGAGCAGUGGUGCUCCAUGCUGAUGAGACAGUACGUGGUACAACCGCAGGCAGUCAUUUUUCAGGCAACUGAAUACUCAGCCAUGGCAUCAUUAGCUGGUGGAUUGGAUGACAUGAAGGCCAAUAUAACCAGUCCUACUUCUGCAGAUUUAGGAGCAAGCGUUCCUGGACCUCAGUCAUAUCCUAUUGUAACAGCAAAACAUCCGAGGCUGCCUGUACAAUACAACAAAAUGGUAUUUCCAGGUCGUGAGCUGGCAAGCACAACCCUCCCAGGAUACCCUCCACAUGUCCCCCCUGCCGGACAGGGCAGCUACUCAGCUCCGGCGCUGACAGGAAUGGUGCCUGGGAGUGAGUUUUCUGGGAGCCCAUACAGCCAUCCACAAUAUUCAACGUACAAUGAUUCCUGGAGGUUUCCCAAUCCUGGACUCCUUGGCUCUCCAUACUACUACAGCGCUGCAGCCCGUGGAGCCGCCCCACCUGCAGCGGCUGCUGCCUAUGACCGCCACUGACCCUGGAGCCCGGAGCCCAAACACUUACAAAAAUAUACUGCCUGGGACAACUGCAUUGAGUCACCUUGCCACAACCAUGCAAGUCACCCUGCAAGGGAAGGAGAAAGUAUCUAGUAGGAACAAGCUAAUUGAAAUUUUACUCUUUAGACUUGGUGAACUUAAUAUUGUUGUUUUCUUAAUUCUGGAGGUGUUAUCUGGGUCUCAAACAAAAUGAAGAAACAGGAGGACAUGGUUCUCCUGACACUUUAUGUGGUCAUAAAAAUGCAGUAGUUUCAUGUCUUUUGCAGCCGGCUGGCUACUGCUUUAAUUGCCUGUGGGUGCCACGGCUGUAUCUGGGGAUAAGGAAGAGGCUUGAGCCUCCCUGCUUGGGGUGGCUUCCUCUUACUGCACACUGAAACAGGCUGUGAGACUCAACGCAAUUUUUAUUUUAUUUUAUUUUAUUUUUAAUUUUUGUUGCAAAGAAAGAUCAGUCUGCUCAAUUUUACACAAGCAGCACUGUAAAUAUUUGCUUGUUUGUAUUACUAUGAGUGACUUAGCAUAAGCAGCAACAUUGUACAAAUAUGAACUCAAAAUACAUCUGAAAAUGUGUUUUGAAACUGGUGCACUGAUUCAAAGAAUUCAGUAAGCUUUAAGCAACUUUGAACCAGGUUAACACUCAUUGUGGCUGUAUUUCAGGCUGAUAUUACUUCUGUGUACAGCAUCCUUUCUGACAGUGGUGUAUGAUCAUGCUAUAUGCUGGUAUCAAACCCAUGGGCAACAGAAAGACAUGGGCAAUUUUGUGACAGUUUAUUGCUUAAAAUUCAUUUAAGUCAUUUGUCAUCAUAACGAGCACUGAAACAAAUUAUCUGGUUUCAAGUUAAACAGCAUCCAAGAAGGAAUCAUAGUUGACACCUUUUGUACAUCUCAAUAGGUUGUAUGCUAAAAUCCAAUUAUGAACACUUUGAGAGGAAGGGGUAAAAUAAUUUUUGUGAAAUGUACAUGCGUAACAGGGUAUAUUGUGCACAAGGGCAGCCACAUGUGCUUCCUGAAGCAAACUGGUGAGGGGGGCACUCAUUUUGGGGGGUCUGUACAUUUAAGUGAAGGCAUCUCUCAAGUCAUUCUAAUAACAUGGAGGAGAGCAAUUUCAAAUUCAAGCCACUGCAGUCCAGACUGGUGUCAUGGAGAAUUUUGCCCUGUUAAUUCUGUGUUUCUCCCCCUCCUGCUCAAAGUGGGAGCACUGAUGGUGACAUUUUGUUCAAUGUUCACUGUUUCCUGGGGCUAAUGAAGAAAGCAGCUUACAGCUGAUCUGGUAAGCAACUACUCUGAUCACUGCUGUUCCCAGGGAACUGAGAAAAAUGCUGAUUUCUUCCUGCACUGUCCCCCUGCACCAGUCCCAGGUGCAGCUACCUUUAGUCAUGUAUUGGUAGAACGUAUGUGCCCAGCCCCUUCUAAAAGCAGUGGGAAAAACCCCUGGCCCUGCUGAGAUGAAGAUUUGACUGUAGCCUCUGGCAGUGUGAAGCUCCCACAGGCAGCCGUGCUUAUUUACACGGAUCCGCACAGGCACUGCGAGGGGAUCUUGCUGGUGUGUGCCUGUGUGUUUCCCAAAGUUGAAAAGGGGUUGUUGGUGUUGAACCUGAAAUACAGUCCCAUAUACAAUCAAGUAAAAACAUUUGCUUCUAGUUUUACAAGUAUUUAUUUGAAAUGGCAACUACUGAGUUAAUAUUUCUCCCUUUCCUUACUUCCUCCCCCCUACGCUGCACCUCGUCUCUUCUGCUGCACGUCUGGUAUCUUGACAUUAAUGGCCACAGAUCCAUUCAGAAAGAGUCUCUGUGUGCUCUCCCAGUUUUGGUGGCAUGUUUUUUAUGUGUUCUCAUGCUACAAAAAUGCAGCCACCACUUUCAAGUUUCCAGGUGAGAUGUGUUCAGAUCCUCAAAAGCCAUGAAUGGUCCCAUUGGUCCCAUUGGCUUAAAUGUUUCCAUCUAAUCCAGAAUUAAGUCCUGUGAGCAUGUGAAAAACUUUCCCAUGCAAAAAGACCUCCUUUUUAUUUUUCAACAGUUAAUAGUUGAUACACACACACACACACACACACACAUUUUCAAGAAAAAUAAAAGCAUGGGCAAAUCAUCUAUAUGGAAACCUUCUGAAGAUUUGCUUUGUGUCACCCUUUCUAAGCCAUCAUGACAUGCUGUGUGACUGUUUUGCACCCUGGUGGUAAAGCUGCAAAGGGGGUUUCUGCUCUUGGAUAGUGCUUGUGUGGGAGUCCUCACACUUGUUCUCAACUGAGUUGUGCACAUUGUGUGCAGGGGCACAUACUGAAUGCACCUGCCUUUUCUGUAAUCUUGGGAAGUGAAAAGGCUAUCUGACAAUAGCUGAAGAGAAAAGAAGUGAACAUUUGACAGCAUGACAUGAAGGUGUGGGUUAUGGCUCCAGAACAGAGGUGGGGAUGAGAUAUAAGAGCUACAGACACCACCUGGUCAGUGAUUAAGCUAGUCUUAAAGCUACUGUUUAUGUCUUUCACGUGAGGGAAGAGCAGCUCUUGUUGAUUACACGUGGGUGGUUUCACCAGCUCUGAAUACUACCUGAGAAACACCUUUUUUUUUUUUUCUUUUUUUUUUUUUUUUUCUCAAUAGUGGCAUGGCUUGUAUGACUUAAACUCAUUUUAACAUUCAGAAGACUAAACAUGAGACUUCAGCAGGUGUUACUAUGCUCAGGACAGAGACUCUUUUAGUUAGGGUAGGGACUUACAAGAGGCACAGUAGGUAUAUUUCAUCCUAAGGAUAUAUGCAUGCCCGUGGAUGAAAUGACCUAGAUGCUUAGGCUCAGACCUGGUUUGCCUUAAUGCUUUCAUCAAGAUCCCCUAAGGACUGGCCCUUGUCCGGAGUCAUUCUGCAGUGCAUGCUGGUGGGCUCUAUCCAGCGAGCCAGCGUGGGGGUGAAGGGCACACACGGUGCAGGUUCACAGGCCAUGUGCACGUCCCCUCCCUGCCUGUGUGCCCCUGGUUGCAGCUGCAGAGGUGAAACUACACCCACCCUUGCACACACACAGCUGAGAUCUGUGUCUGGCCCACCUUCCCAAAACAUUGCUGAGGCUGCCUGGCAAAUGUGGCCCACCUCUGCCUGCGAGGAUUGUUUCUCUGCAAGAAAGACAAAUAGGAUUUAGCCCAAUAAGUAUGCAUACUGUACUUCUAGAAAAGACACUUCUUGUCAGUAUUUUCUGUUUCCGGGGAUAUUAUGCCUGAUAUUUACAAACUCCUUUCUUCAGGAGGUCUUGACUUUCUGUCCAUAGUCUUCAUCACUGGAAAUCUUAUUCCUUGGGGAAUGUCUUUCACACUCAUGACUAGCAGAAAGUGGUCUUCCGAGGAUGACGGAAAGUUGCCUUCUGCAGCUCUUUUCCUUUGUGACCCUGGCAGGACUGGAGGAAUGCUGCCUGUCUCACUGGUGCACUGCCUCCCCUCACUCACCCUACCAAUCCCCCAGGGAUGUUUGGGUUUCAUUCAGCGCCACAGACUGCUGGACCUUCCUGUGAUGUAGCACUGCUUCACGGGGCUCAGCUUGGGUCAACGGAGAGCAGAUCAACAACGCUCAAACCCAAGGCAGAGGGGUGUGCACCUGUGCUGUUUGCAGCACAAAUGACCCAGGCACUGCUGGGGAUGUAUGUCAUCUCUAGCAGAUGUAUGCUCUGUAAAAAGACUGGCUGAAGAGACUGUUACAAAACUCUCAGUGCGUAGGCUCCUUUUUUAAUGUGCUGGCUGCAGUGGAGGCUGCUGAGUGAAGUGGCACCUGUAAGCAAGUGAGCAUUUGGUAUUGCAAAAAGGGAAGAAAACACAGUGAAUGCUGAUAUUAAUCUGCUAAGGCUGUUUCAGGUUUUCCAGAACAGUUUUGAGGGUCAUUGACACCCAUCUAAAAGCACUGGGGCUAUGGGCAUGUUAGGCCCUGUUUAUGUUUCACUCAGGCAGAAUGCCCUGUAGCACCAUGUAUCAGUACCAGCCUCUUGCAGAGAUCAGCCCCAUAAAGUGUCUUUAGGCAGUUUCACCACUGAGUUGUUUAAUGCAGCUAGAUGGAGGUUUUUUUUCAGUAGUGUGUGCUCCAGCAAUAAAUUUAUCAAGUACAUUUCCCAUACAGACAGGUCUACAAAUAAAGUCUGAGAGAUGGAGAGAGAGAAAAUGCUGACGUAAAACUAAAUCAACAGAGUCCAUGAGCUAGUGUUACAUGAACUGACUUGUUGAGGAAACUUUUAAUCAAAUGCUAUAAGAGUGUGACCAUAAGGAAAACACAAAAUGUUGUGGGCAUUGAAUUAGCUUAGCAUCGAUGUACAAAGUUUCAGCUAGAGAGGCAUUAUUGUAAGAUGGCUCCCACCGACUGCAGAGCUAAGCAUGUCUCAGGACCAGAUCCUUAGACUGAAGACUUUGAUAUCUAUUAAAUCAGAAGGCCAGAGAGUAAGUUUAUUCAGAGAUGCAGAGAUGUCAAAGUAAAGCUUUGAUUUGUGCUGGGACUGCAGGCUCAAGAAGCAGAGCCCAGGUGUUGUAAGCCUUUGUGAAGGAGAUAGCAAAGGAAGAAGCAGCACCGGGAGAAGAAAAAGAAAAAAGAGAGGAAAGAGACUAACUGAAAAGUGUUUUUUGGAAGAAAAGUGAAGUUGAACAGAAAACUGAUGGGGCAUUUGUGAUCCUUCCACUGUCCUUCUGCAGCUGAGCUCUCUCGCUGAUGCAGGGUACAAUGGCUGUGUGUCGUGGAGAGCAGAGAGAGGAUGGGUUCACUCACUUCAGGGGGUACUGGCAACCACUAGCUGUGCACAAGUGUUCUGCCAUACCCCUUCUUGACUGAUGGGAUUACAUUCCUUUUUUUCAUUUUCUUUAAUUUCUCUCUUCUACAAGUCCUUGAGCAUGAAGAAGAAUGGAAGCCAUGUUAUAAUGUUGCUUAUUGGCAAGCACAAAUAUCAAUAGCUCCAAAGCAUUAUGGCACAUAGACCAGUGUGUGGCUGGCAGCUGGAGCAGCUGCACAGCUUCAGUUAAGUGUCCUCACUGGAAUUGUAAUCUUUCCUGCAUGGUGCGUGCCCGUGUGUGUCACUAGGACACCUGAGGUCAUGGUCCUUGGCAGGAGCACAGUGUUAAGCCAACCCCCUUGUGACUCUGUCCCAGCAAAUGCUGGGAAAACCUGCUUUUCCUUCUGGAUUCACUGAGAGCUCUAGGGGGCCAGCAGCUCCUGGGUGCUGUCUUGUGAAAAGCGGCAGCCCUGUGUGGGGCUGCCCACAGGCAGGCAGUGCCAGGCUGGGCUGCUUGCACCGACAUGGGCCCUGAGCACACAUCCCAAGUCACAGCCUAAGAUCACUCUGCACUGAAGGCAGAGAGCAAAGUGGUAGCAAAAGGCUCAAGACUUUGGCCAGGGACCUGCUCUGCACUGCUGUGCCCCUCAGACAGAAACUCACUCUUAUUUCAGACAUGUUACAGCAGCAUGAGAAAUUGGAAACAUUCAAAAGGAUUAGAAUCUGGUUAAUAUUGCUUUUCUGGUGGAGCUAAUAAGACUUGGUGAGCAAAUACUGAGUGGAAAGCACCGUAUACAGGUGCUUGGUGCCAGCAUUGCUCAUUUCAGCAUUGCAGGUGACUUAGUUGUCAGCUGUAGCUGUGAUCUCUGCUUACUAGUCCUGAGAAAGGACAAACUUAAUUAAAAAGCUUCAGAGUAAGAGCCAGACUGCUUUGCAUGAUGCAAUCUCAGCACUGUAGUGUGUGUGCGUGCCUGUGUGUAGAGAUUUAUGUGCACACCUGUGUGCAUUUGUAGGCACGCUUGAAUCUCCCAGUCUGUGGGGAAUUGUUAUGGGACAGACCUGAAGCCUGCUGAUAGCCUUUCCACUCAACUCGUGACCACGCUAUUAAACUUGUGUGUCCAGAGUUUCCUACUCUGCCUUGUAAAAUGAGAUAGAAAAUGACCAGUGGGCAUUUAGAUCUUUCUUUUGCUUCAUUCAGCCUUGUAUUGCAAAAAAACUGUCCUGGUUUUUCACUUUCUAGUGGCCUUUGUACAUUCUGAAAUUACAGAAACUCAUUUCAUUGCAAAUGGGAUUUAUUUCCAAAAAUAAAAAAAAAGAAAAGAAAAGAAAAGAAAAAAAAAGAACAGUUUUUUUUUUUUUUUUCUGUUUCUUUUUUCUUUUUCUUUUUGUUCUUUCUUUCUUUCUUUCUUUCUUUCUUUCUUUUUGCUUCUUGGAAACAAACUACUUUCUAUUAGGAACUUCUAGCAACAAAGAAAUACAUAUCUAUUGUAUCCACCAAAGUCUGCAAUGCCUGCAUUGAAGCUUACUUCUUAUAAGAGAGGGGAAAAAAGAGGGAGAGAAAAAAAGCCUCCUUUCCUUGAAAAAUACAUACAAGCAGAAAAAAAAAAAAAAAAAAAACUUUCAAGAAAACUCAUAAAAAUAACUGUUGAAUUGCCUUUGAAAGUAGGGGAUAACAUCUGUUGCAAAACAGAUGAAAAAUUGCUUCUUAAAAUGUGUAUGUUUUGUAUUCUUUUUUUCUAGUAGGAAAAGAACAGACUUGAAAUUUUGGUGUUUUUUCCUUAGUGCUGUGUGUUGCUUUUGUGUGUUAUAAUAUUUGAAUGUAAUUACAGCAGUGCCAAUUUGCCAAAGAUGUUGAACAUUAUUUUGGGGUUUUUGUUUUGCAUUUUAUUUUGGGGAGCAAAAUGGGAGGUGGGUUGGGGAGUGGGGGUGCUAAGGUGUGGUUCAUAGGGGAUGGGCCUUUUGAAUUUUUUUUGAUCCUUUUUUUUCCCAAUUCUUUUUCUUGUCAAAACUGAAAUUUGUGAUUUUAUUCUAAGUUAAAUGGUUGACUGCAACACUUUUUAUUUUUAGAUUAGUUGACGAAACAUGCAAUAAGAUUGGCGUAGUUCAAUAUCUGUGUGUCUUUUCAUGAGAGUGACUGUUACUUGUGGACAUUUGAUUUAUGUAACCUUUAUGUGAGAUAAUUAUUUGUAAAUAUCUACCAUAAUUUUAUUGGUUCCUAAAAUAAAAGUAAUUUUUUUAAGUUCCAAAA